UCUACCGGGCCUACUACUGGUUUACCUACCACCACUACUACCGAGCCCACUACUGGUUGGUCUACCACCACUACUACCGAGCCCACUACUGGUUUACCUACCACCACUACUACUGAGCCCACUACUGGUUUACAUACCACCACUACUACUGAGCCCACUACUGGUUUGUCUACCAUCACUACUACUGAGACCAACACUGGUUUGUCUACCACCACUACUACUGAACCCACUACUGGUUUACCUACCACCACUACUACCGAGCCCACUACUGGUUUGCCUAUCACAACUACCACCGAGCCCACUACUGGUUUACCUACCACCACUACUACCGAGCCCACUACUGGUUUGCCUAUCACAACUACCACCGAGCCCACUACUGGUUUACCUACCACCACUACUACUGAGCCCACUACUGGUUUACCUACCAACACUAUUACUGAGCCCACUACUGGUUUACCUACCACCACUACUACUGAGCCCACUACUGGUUUACCUACCACCACUUCUUCUGAGCCCACUACUGGUUUACCUACCACCACUACUACUGAGCCCACUACUGGUUUACCUACCACCACUACUACUGAGCCCACUACUGGUUUACCUACCACCACUACUACUGAACCCACUACUGGUUUGUCUACCACCACUACUACUGAGCCCACUACUGGUUUGUCAACCACCACUACUACUGAGCCCACUACUGGUUUACCUAACACCACUACCACCACUUCUACCGAGCCCACUAAUAGUUUACCUACCACCACUACUACCGAGCCCACUACUGGUUUACCUACCACCACUACUACUGAGCCCACUACUGGUUUACCUAACACCACUACUACUGAGCCCACUACUGGUUUACCUACCACCACUACUACCGUGCCAACUACUGGUUUACCUACCACCACUACUACCGAGCCCACCACUGGUUUGCCUACCACCACUACUACUGAGCCCACAACUGGUUUACAUAUCACCACUACUACUGAGCCCACCACUGGCUUACCUACCACCACUACUACUGAGCCCACUACUGGUUUACCUACCACCACUACUACCGAGCCCACUACUGGUUUACCUACCACCACUACUACCGAGCCCACUACUGGUUUACCUACCUCCACUACUACAGAGGCCACCACUGGAUUGACUACCACCACUGCUACUGAGCCCACUACUGGUUUACCUACCACCACUACUACCGAGCCCACUACUGGAUUGACUACCACCACUACUACUGAGCCCACUACUGGUUUACCUACCACCACUACAACUGAGCCCACUACUGGUUUACCUACAACCACUACAACUGAGCCCACUACUAAUACCACCACUACUACUGAGCCCACUACUGGUUUGUCUACCACCACUACUACUGAGCCCACCACUGGUUUGUCUACCACCACUACUACUGAACCCACUACUGGUUUGUCUACCACCACUACUACUGAGCCCACUACUGGUUUGUCAACCACCACUACUAUUGAGCCCACUACUGGUUUACCUAACACCACUACUACCGAGCCCACUACUGGUUUACCUACCACCACUACUACCGAGCCCACUACUGGUUUACCUACCACCACUACUACCGAGCCCACUACUGGUUUACCUACCACCACUACUACAGAGGCCACCACUGGAUUGACUACCACCACUACUACUGAGCCCACUACUGGUUUACCUACCACCACUACUACCGAGCCCACUACUGGAUUGACUACCACCACUACUACUGAGCCCACUACUGGUUUACCUACCACCACUACAACUGAGCCCACUACUAAUUUGCCUACCACCACUACUACUAAGCCCACCACUGGUUUACCUACCACCACUACUACUGAGCCCACUACUGGUUUACCUACCACCACUACUACUGAGCCCAUUACUGGUUUACCUACCACCACUACUACUGAGGCCACUACUGGUUUACCUACCACCACUACUACAGAGGCCACUACUGGUUUACCUACCACCACUACUACCGAGCCCACUACUGGUUUGCCUAUCACCACUACUACCGAGCCAACUGCUGGUUUACCUACCACGACUACUACUGGGCCCACUACUGGUUUGCCUAUCACCACUACUACCGAGCCCACUACUGGAUUGACUACCACCACUACUACUGAGCCCACUACUGGUUUACCUACCACCACUACUACUGAGCCCACUACUGGUUCCACCACUACUACUGAGCCCACUACUGGUUUACCUACCACCACUACUACCGAGCCCACUACUGGUUUACCUACCACCACUACUACUGAGCCCACUACUGGUUUACCUACCACCACUACUACUGAGCCCACUACUGGUUGGCCUACCACCACUACUACUGAGCCCACUACUGGUUUACCUACCACCACUACUACUGAGCCCACUACUGGUUUACCUACCACCACUACUACAGAGGCCACCACUGGAUUGACUACAACCACUACUACUGAGCCCACUACUGGUUUGUCUACCAACACUACUACUGAGCCCACUACUGGUUUACCUACCACCACUACUACUGAGCCCACUACUGGUUUACCGACCACCACUACUACUGAGCCCACCACUGGUUUACCUACCACCACUACAACUGAGCCCACUACUGGUUUACCUACCACCCCCACUAAUGGUUUUUCUACCACCACUACUUCUGAGACCACUACUGGUUUGCCUACCACCACUACUACAGAGCCCACUACUGGUUUACCUACCACCACUACUACUGAGCCCACUACUGGUUUACCUACCACCACUACUACAGAGGCCACUACUGGUUUACCUACCACCACUACUACUGAGCCCACUACUGGUUUACCUACCACCACUACUACUGAGCCCACUACUGGUUUACCUACCACCACUACUACUGAGCCCACUACUGGUUUACCUACCACCACUACUACUGAACCCACUACUGGUUUACCUACCACCACUACUACAGAGCCCACCACUGGUUUACCUACCACGACUACUACUGAGCCUACUACUGGUUUACCUACCACCACUACUACAGAGCCCACUACUGGUUUACCUACCACCACUACUACUGAGGCCACUACUGGUUUACCUUCCACCACUACUACCGAGCCCACUACUGGUUUGCCUAUCACCACUACUACCGAGCCAACUACUGGUUUACCUACCACGACUACUACUGGGCCCACUACUGGUUUACCUAACACCACUACUACCGAGCCCACUACUGGAUUGACUACCACCACUACAACUGAGCCCACUACUGGUUUACCUACCACCACUACUACUGAGCCCACUACUGGUUUACCUACCACCACUACUACCGAGCCCACUACUGGUUUACCUACCACCACUACUACCGAGCCCACUACUGGUUUACCUACCACCACUACUACAGAGGCCACCACUGGAUUGACUACCACCACUACUAUUGAGCCCACUACUGCCCACUACUGGAUUGACUACCACCACUACUACUGA